ACACGCUCAGAGGGCAGAGGGAGGAUCAGAAGAAACACUCGCUCACAGACAUCCACAGACACGCACACAGAGGGUUUCAGGGGACCGAUCUGGCUUCUGAUGAGCGUUUACUUCCUGUCAUCUGAGAGGAAAGUAAACUUGGAGCAGAGGAGAGGAUCUGUGCAGCACAGGAGAGGACUCAGUGGUCAAAGGAGACUGUUGCUGCCCCUGUCUGGGAUUCACACACAGAUAUUUUCUUUUUGCCGCUUUAGGACGACAGCCUCAUGGGUGAAAGAUGAGUCUCCGGCUGCCGGGUGACUCUGAGCAUGAUGGAGGGCGUUUCCCAGCAGACUCAGUGACUCCCACCGACGCCUGUGCCUCCUGCUGAAUGUGGAAAGCCUAGGAUGGAAGACCCACCAAGCGCUGCUCUGCGUCACCGGAACAACACUCUCAGCCUCCAAAACCUCAGUCGCCUCGCCGCCUCCUUCGCACGCAACAGCUGCUUCACCAGCCAGACGGGGACCACCGCCACCGGGUGACAAGAUUUCAGGAUGUUUCUGAAUUUCCGCCGGAUGCGAAAAUGCCAGUGUGUGCAGCUGAUGACCACCUGCCUGGUGCUGUCAGUGGUGAUGGUUUGCUGGGAGCAGAUGGACAACAGCGUCGUCAGCCACGUCAAGUCUUACUCCUUCCGCUACCUGGUCAACCGCUUCACCUACAUCAACAAGAGCCUCACCAUCCCGCGUGAGCAGGCCAGAAGCUUCAGCAACUUCCGCUACCUGCUGGACCACCCGGACAAGUGCGCCAACAAGGACGUCCUCCUCCUCCUGUUUGUCAAAACCUCCCCACAGAACAUUGAGAGGCGAAACGCCAUCAGGUCCACCUGGGGUAAUGAGACCUACAUCCAAACCGUGCUGGGAGUGACAGUGAAGGUGGUGUUCGCCUUAGGAGCACCUCAGACCAAGAAGGAGGAGCGGUCAUGGAGCAGGAGGACCAGGGCUGGUUUUCAGGAGCAGCUCAUCCGCGAGGAUCGCCUCCACGGCGAUUUGAUCCAACAGGACUUUCUUGACUCCUUCCACAACCUGACCCUGAAGCUGAUCCUGCAGUUCCACUGGAUGCACAGCCGCUGCGCACACGCCCGCUUCCUCAUGACUGCUGACGACGACAUCUUCGUCCACAUGCCCAACCUGGUGACCUACCUGCAGGACGUGAGCAGCAGAGGCAUCACAGACUUUUGGAUUGGCCGGGUGCACAGAGGGGCGCCACCAAUCCGCAGCAAAGACAGUAAGUACUAUGUGCCCUUCGAGAUGUACCAGUGGUUGUCGUACCCUGACUACACCGCCGGGGCCGGGUAUGUCGUCUCCAGGGACGUUGCAGAGAAAGUCUACGAAGCCACGCUGACCCUGAACGCCUCUCUUUACAUAGACGACGUGUUUAUGGGCAUCUGCGCCAACGCCGUUGGUGUGUCACCGCAGGAGCACAUCUAUUUCUCAGGCGAGGGCAAAGCGCCCUACCACCUGUGCAUCUAUGACCAGAUGAUGACCUCACAUGGUCACGUGGAGGACAUCUAUGAGGUGUGGAAGGCAGCGACCCACCCACAGGUGAAACAGAGGACCUCUGGGCUCAUAGGGAGGCUGUACUGCACAGUAGUGAAAAUGUCUCUCCUUUGUAAUCCUUACUAUUUUAACACCUACCCUUGCAAAGCAGCCUUUUUGUAAUGUUACUUCAGGUUUGAGCGUGCGGCAGAGAGCGAGGGAGUGUGUCAUAGGUCAAAACGUAAGGAGGAUCAUCGCUGCGAAUAUUACCUCAGUCCUUUCAGUCGGACACCCAUGUCUAAACACUGGAGUGGUUCAUGUUUGUCACUGUUAGUGUGAGAUCACCAACACGUCGAUGACCCGGAGUUUAAUGAUGUGAUAACACUUGCUUUGCGUUGACAACAGAAUGUUUUAAAAAGUAGGUCCCACCGCGCUCACCAAAUUUAACUUGAUGAACUCAUUUAUUUUCAGCCUCCAGUUGAGUGUACUUCCACUUCCUCUUGAAGUUUGCAACCUUCUAUUACUGUACUGUAUUACGAAAGUGUUUUUCAUAACUUUUUUAAUAAUAAUAUACUGUUACAUUCUCUUAACACAAGGUGAGCUAUCUCACUUAACCUAAAUAAACAGACCUGUUAAAGCCUUUUAAAACUACUGAGGGACCUGAAGGAGGUCUUACGUUGUGGGUGUUGCUGAUGUGUGGGUCAGUGUAAAAACGAUAUACUGUAGGUCAAUAAUGUGUCAAAUCUCAACGUGUCUCCAUGUCAUGAAGUGCAAAAUUCCUCACGGUGAAGUAGAACAGAUGUGUAACUGCAAAGACUUCACCGACAGCUCCCACGCUGAGAUAAUAAUGAAGUCAUGAGCAACAAAGUGCUACAAAUUUACGGUUUUGUUGUCAUAAGGUCCUUUUUUUGUAACUGAAUUUGUGCAAAAUGUUUUUUAAUUAAUGAAUAAAACCUCCAAAGUUAGA